GCGGCCUGUGCCGUGGCCUGUGGGUAACCGGUCUUGGUCGAUCCGGAGUCCACCACCUCCCCUCGUCGUGUAGCAGCAGCCGGCGGGAGGGACUGGAAGGAAAUAAACCGCCCGCCGUCUCCUGAUCUCCUCGUCGUCGUCGUUGUCAAUAUCAAAUCCCGCUAGCUUCCUCAACAACUCCAGCGCCAUCUCGUCCCCUUCCUCCGCGGCCCGCGACGCCUCCCCUCCUCGUUCGGGUCUUUUACUCAUUUGUGGUUGUCAUUAUCAGAGAGGCGAUACUUCAAUGCUGCAUUUGAAGAUUUGAUCCAUUGUUGCCCAGGCCCUCUUUUGCCUGCUGGUGUUAGGCAAGAUCAAUGGCUUUUCGAGAGGAGAGAUAUGUGAGAUUUCAGGACUGGAAAUCAGAGUAUUCUGUCAGUUCAGAUAAGAUGGUUUCAGAAGGAAAGCAUAAUGUAUUAGACUCAGUAAAGGACAAGACUCUAGGAGCCUUCUCAUUCUUAGGGAACACUUCACAUUCUGAAACCGUGAACAGAUCAACUCCCGAUGAAAGGAAGAUGAAAACAAGAGUUCUUGAUCCUCAAGGACCAUUUUUGCAAAGAUGGAACAAGAUAUUUGUGAUAUCAUGUCUUAUUGCAGUUUCUGUGGACCCACUAUUUUUCUAUAUACCGGUGAUUGAUGGUAUCAAGAACUGCCUGUAUCUGGAUAAGAAGUUGGCAAAAAUAGCAAGUAUCCUGCGUUUUUUCACAGAUAUCUUCUAUUUGCUCCAUAUGAUAUUUCAGUUCAGAACAGGAUUUGUUGCUCCCUCUUCCAGAGUAUUUGGUCGAGGUGUCUUGGUUGAUGACACACUUGCAAUAGCAAAGCGGUAUCUAUCAACAUAUUUUCUGGUUGAUUUUUUAGCUGUUCUGCCCAUCCCUCAGGUGUUUGUGUUGAUAGUGCUACCCCAUCUCCAAGGUUCAGAGGUUAUGAGGGCAAAAGAUGUAUUGAUGAUUAUAAUUACAUGCCAAUAUGUGCCUCGGCUAGUCCGGAUAAUACCACUCUACCUUCAAAUCACAAGGUCGGCUGGUAUAAUUACAGAGACAGCAUGGGCUGGUGCUGCUUUUAACCUCUUAAUUUAUAUGCUCGCUAGUCAUGUGUUUGGAGCUCUUUGGUACCUCCUUUCCAUUCAGCGAGAAGACACCUGUUGGAGAGAAAAAUGCGAUAAUACCGUAGGAUGCGAUUUGGCAUCAUUAUAUUGUGGGAGUAAUACAGCUCAAAACAAUAGUUUCUUAGCUAAUGCCUGUCCGACAAAUGGCAAUGCCGAUAUAGAUCCAAUCUUUGGAAUUUACAUACGUGCUCUCAAAACUGUUUCACAAUCGACGGGUUUCUUUGAGAAAUUUUUCUACUGCUUCUGGUGGGGUCUGCAAAGUCUAAGCUCUCUUGGUCAAAAUCUGAAAACAAGCACUUACACAUGUGAGAAUUUGUUUGCUGUUUUUGUCUCGAUAUCGGGUUUAGUUUUAUUUGCACUCCUUAUUGGUAAUGUGCAGACCUAUUUACAAUCAGCCUCUGUGCGUAUAGAAGAAAUGAGAGUGAAAAGGCGUGACACAGAGCAAUGGAUGGCACAUCGACUACUUCCUGAGAACCUCAAGGAGCGAAUACUGCGUCAUGAACAAUACAGGUGGCAAGAAACAAGAGGUGUUGAUGAAGAAGGCCUUCUUAUGAAUCUUCCCAAGGAUCUUAGGAGAGAGAUAAAGCGGCAUCUUUGUCUGUCACUUCUCAUGAGGGUUCCUAUGUUUCAAAACAUGGAUGAGCAGCUCUUGGAUGCUAUGUGUGAUCGUCUAAAGCCCAUGCUGUACACUGAAGACAGCUGCAUAAUUCGAGAAGGAGACCCGGUGAAUGAAAUGCUUUUUGUUAUGAGAGGAUAUCUUGAGAGUAUGACAACAAAUGGUGGACAGAGCGGUUUCUUCAACUCCAAUGUUCUCAAAGGUGGUGACUUUUGCGGUGAAGAGCUCCUCACUUGGGCUCUGGAUCCCGCUUCAGUUUCAAACCUUCCUAGCUCAACCAGGACAGUGAAGACAUUGUCUGAAGUUGAAGCGUUUGUUCUGAGGGCUGAUGAUUUGAAGUUUGUGGCCACCCAGUUCCGGAAACUUCAUAGCAAACAGCUCCAGCAUACCUUUAGAUUCUAUUCACAGCAAUGGAGAACCUGGGCUGCUUGUUUUAUACAGGCAGCUUGGCACAGAUAUUGCAGAAAGAAGCUGGAAGAUUCUUUGUUUGAGAAGGAGAAGAGGUUGCAAGCAGCGAUUGUAAGUGAUGACUCUACUAAGCUCAGUCUGGGCGCUGCACUAUACGCUUCGCGUUUCGCUGGGAACAUGAUGCGGAUCUUACGGAGAAAUGCCACCCGAAAAGCCCGUUUGCAGGAGAGAGUACCUGCAAGGUUGUUACAGAAGCCGGCAGAACCCAACUUUUUUGCUGAAGGAGAGUAAUUUCUCCAUGCCCUGCUCCUGCACCUCAUCUACUUCUAAGUUGUAACAACUCGGGUCAAUUUAGAUUGGAUGCUGUACAUAGGUACAUCGCUUGGUUAGAAGCCUUUGCGAUUUAUAUCAUGUAUAAUUCAUUGUAUAUUUCUCCGUGAAAAAAAAUGUGUAAUUGGUUUUGCUGUCUGUACAUGGUCCUUUCAUGGUACACGGAAUGCAUCUAUUACAAGCAUUCAGCAUCGUAUUCGUACCACACAAUUCAAAAUAUAAAAAUAUCUGUAAUUUCUGUUUGGGUUUUGUAUCUAGCCUACCCCAUAUUGCUUGGGACAAAAGGCUUAGUUGUUGUUGAAAAAUCUUUGUAAUUGUAACUGACCAUUUCUUCAUCCUAAACCUAAAGACUUCUGGCUA